CAAAUGAAGCUGCCGCACCGCAGCCUCCGAUUCCUGGCCGCGUGCGCACGCACGGCUGCAGCGCUGAGCAGCACGUUAGCCCGCUACGCGGCGCCGGCGACGGUGUGUGGCGCUCCGUCCCGCCGCGUGCUGUGCCUCGGCGACGGCGACCUGUCCUGCAGCGCGGCGCUCGCGGACGCUGGUAUUGAAGUAACCGCGACAACUCUAGACACCCGGGACGACCUACACCGCAAGUACGGCGAGGAGGCGGCGGCGCGCUUCGACCGGCUCGGCGCCAUCGGAGGCGUCGACGCGACGGCGCCCGGCGACCUCGGCGCAGCGUUCGACCGUGUCAUCUUCAAUUUCCCUCACGCACCCGGCAAGCAAAACAUCCGCCGCAACCGCGAGCUGCUACACGCGGUCUGCGGCGCGGCACCGCUCGCGCCGGGCGGCGAGCUCCUCGUCGCGCUCGACGGCGGCCAGGGUGGUUCUGUGCUGUGUGGAAAUCAAUCCGUGAGUCAGGUCCUCGCGUCGAUGGCGUGGGCGCCUGAAAUUUGAUUUCCACGCAGGUUGCGCGGGCGAGCUCCCGCAAGGCCAACAAGCGCGGCGGGAGGCCUGGAACCGCAGCUGGCAGCUGGACAUCGCCGCGGCGGAAAAUGGCCUGGUCGUGGCGGAGGCGACGCCCUUCGAGCCCUUCUACGGCACGCGGGGCCAUCGAGGCGAGGGCAAAGCGCGCGCCUUCGAACCGCGGUCUGCCAUCCUCCACGCGCUUGCGCGGACGGGGACCGCCGCGGCGGUGUCGGCGCCGUCGUACGUCUUCGAGGUGCAGUUUUUUAGUGAUAAUGCGGACGACGACGAGGCCGUCUGCGCGGCGCUGGCUCGCGCGGCCGGCGGGCUGGCCCACGCCGUGCGGCGCGCGGACCGCUACGAGCGCGCCGACGGGCGCGUCUCCCACGCGUUCGAGGUGACGCUGGCGACGCGCGACGCGUGCCUGCCGCGGUCGAAAGCUGAUAUAGUGCGCCAGACCGUAGAGACGGAGAUCGAGGCGCUGCUCAAUGUGCGUCUGAGAACGGAAAAGACUGGGAGACUCGUCUCGAAGCCCCUGCCCUGGCCCGAGUCGUGA